AUGUUAACAACGUUCAAUAGAUUUUGUGUUGUUUCUGCCAAACAAAUAAAUGAGAAGUGGUCUCAUCUCUUUGCGUUAUGCAAUUUGUUAAGCUUCUGCUUCAUAGCAAUUCAAACAAAACAAAACAGCUUCAUUAAUUUGACGUUGAAUCGCGGAAGACUUUACGCUAAUCUGUUGGAAUUUUAUCUCGUUUUGUUUUCAUCUAUGCUGCAUUCCACUGAAAAUGAUUAA